AAAUUCGCCACCGGCCUGAGUAUUGCCUUGAAAUUGUCCGGUUCUUCUAUGCAGACCGGUCGGGUCGGAAUCCUGAGCGUCCUCGUAAUAUCGGCUCCUAUAAAUCACACACCGUCGAAAAGAUGCAUUUUUGCUCGCUCGAUGAGUUUCACUAAAACCCUCUUCUAGGUUUUCGUUGCCGGAGGCGACGGAACGAGUUCGAUGCAAUCGCAACAGAUAGGUUUCCAAUGAUAUGUCAAAGUUGAGGAAGCAUUGGUUCUGAUGGAGCAUGAUCUAUGGAUCUGGAAGGCGGCUUGCUAUUAAAGCAGCAUGUGUGCUUAUAGAUGAGCCUAUGAUGGGCUACGGGGUUUUUGUUGUAGUGCAAGAUCCUGUGACAACUUUUGAACAGGCAACAAAAAUUAAAUGAUUUUUAAUGCAACUAAUAGGACAGCAACAAUAUCUUCAACCAGUGUAGCUGAUGCAUGCUGGAGGAGAGGGUGGUCUUUUAGUCGUGGUUUUCUCAAAGCUUGAACAAUUUAUAAUGGUGCCAUUUGCAUUUACAUGCAAGUAAAAUCUUUUUGAAGUUUUGUGCUCAAUCUGACAAGCUAAUUAAGAGUGAUUUAUUAUCGAAAUGUCAUUUUUAUAGCUUAAGAACUUGAGGCUCAAGCUGAUGUAUGGCGAAAUUUUAAGUUAUGGGCUUUUUGAGCUGAGGAAUAUAUUACCAGGGAACAAUUUCAUGGUGGUUUCUUUGAGGAAUAUUUAACACUGGAGUUUAAAGCUGUUCGAGGUAUGGAUUUACUUCCAUUUAGCAGGGAGACAACUGUGGCAUGCCAUCUGGGUAUGGUUUGUAUUUGGCCUUAUGGGAGAUGAAGUUCGCAAUGCUUAAUAUUUCUAGCAGAGUUUCUAAUGAGCUAUCUGAGUGGCUAUAUUAGGUGAUAUUUUAUGUAAUGGUUGGUAAGGUGUUACACUACAAAAAAUUGAUGGUCUAAUAAUGAAAAUGAAACAAGAAGCGAAACCUACAUUUGGCUUUGGUGGAGCAUUAAAAUUUUAGAAGAAUAAUUGGAAGUUCAAACCCAAAGAUCAACAGAUAGACAUGUCUAAAAAUUUUGCUGUGAAGUGCUUCAAGUGCAAUGAAUUAGGUGACAAUGCUAAGUCAGUGGGAAUCAAAUGUUCGUCUUCACUGUAAUCACUAUCCGCCAAGGCAUGCUUUUGGAAAUUCUUGUAGAGGCGGUCAUAUUGAACAACCAUCGAGCCUUAGUAAAAGCAACAAAAACGGCAAUAUGGUGUUUACUUUGACUCAAUAGGAGGCCCUCACCCCAAAUUCAUUUAUUGAAGAGCAUAUUGUUUGUCUAAUAUAGAAAAGAGCAAUAAUAAAUCAUUACCAAGGGAAGUAGACAAUUUAAACACCUUGUAAUGGCUGAAAAGAUGAAGAAACGGAUAUCAAAAUGGGACAUGGCAGCAGAACAACAUGUGGAGGCUGUUGUCCAUGGCAGUGAUUUGCCCACUAAUGUUGAUGAUCCUGUUAUGGAUCUCACAGAAGUGGAUUCCAUAAAGCCCAUCCUAUCUAUGAAUGUAGGCGUCUCUGAAAUAAAUCAAUCUGCCAAUCAGUCAGGAGAGGAAAGAAUCAGCAAUAUUAUACAUUCAGAUGAUAUUUUUGAAAAGACUCGAUACUCAGAGCGGCUGGAUCUGGAAGGUGGUUGUAAAGAUGAUCGGCAACCUGUCUCUCAAGACACAAUCAUGGCGGAGUAUGCAGAGAAUCAGGAUAGACCACCCAAGGCAGCAUAUGAUAUGUCACCUGGUUAUGAAGAAAAGCACCGGAGUAACCGCAUUGUGUCUCAAAUUGAUGACCGAAGUAGGUCACAUAGGAGCAGGAGCUGGAGUAAGAGCCCUUCCUAUAUCUCCAAGCAGGGUUCUGAUAGGUGGACAGACAAAGGUAGAAUGAGACGAAUGACCCCACCAUGUAGAGCUUUUGCUGCUGGCCAAUGUAGAUGGGGUACUGAAUGCAGGUUCCUUCAUGAAGCUGGUGAUUGGAGGCAGAUUGAUAGGCACCAUGAUGCUGGAUCAAAUGAUGGAAGGGGAAGUAGACUCGAGAGGGAAAGUCGACCCCCACAUGGAGAGAAUCUCACUGAUCCACGUGAGAAAGACAACUAUACUCAUGAGAAACCUUUUAGGCGACACGAGGAAAACCUCGGAGAUGGACUUGGCAAUAAUGUACCGUACCAAGGUUACCGUUCUAACGAGAGGUGUUAUGAUUUCACAAUAGGUAGGUGUAAUCGAGGGGCGGCAUGCCGAUACAUUCAUCACGAUGCAUCAUCUGACAGUGGAAGGAGCUCGAGAGAUGAAUUGAGAGGAAGGGUUCAUGAUCGGAGGGAUGGCAAUGUGUCUUUUGGUCAUAGGAUUGAGCAUCGAAGGUCAAGCGAUGUUCCAUGUAAGUACUUUUUACGAGGUUAUUGUCUUCAUGGCGAUGGCUGUAAGUUCCGCCACCAGGUUGGUCCACUCAAUUCUCCUGUAGAGGGAUCAUUUGAUGGCAGCCAUCAUAAUUUUGUGAGUGGUGAUAAGCAAAAUUUCACAAACAGACCCCAAAGUCAACCAGUCCCGACCCAGGAUUUUCAUAAAGAAACCCAAUCUUCUGAGCAGAAGACUAGAUCAAAAGUUUCAGAGGAGCUUUCUGCAAACAAUCCUCUUCCUACAAUUUCGAUCGCCGGCCAAAAUACUGAUAUUAGUGGGCAAAUCCAAUUCGCUCCUCAGCUUUCGCAUGCCCAAAACUUUGCUUCAAAUUCUUCGUUUCAACAGUUUGCUCCAUCUCCAUUGAAAGGGCAAAUUCAACAAGUUAUGCCUUCCCAUUCUCAAAAUGGCAACAAUCAGUUGGGAGCUCUUCAUAAGCCUCCAGAUGAUCAAUCAUUCAAUGCAGGCAUGCAGAAUCUUUCUGCUAAUCCUCCAUCUUAUCAACUGAAUCCACAGAACUUAGAAUCUAGAGCCCAAGCUCAACAAAAUCUUCCUAUGAUCUCACAUAGUGUCUCCAAUAUCAAUCUCAAUAAGCCGAUCCAGCAGAAUGGACAACUAACUCAUAAUCCACACAACCAACCAGAUCUCAGUGUUGGUGGGCAUAUUCAACAAAAUCUCUCCUCUCAUAUUGGACACUCUGAUUCUCAGCAAAUUCUUCAAGCUUCUUUAAACCCACAAAUUUUCAAUUCAAAUGAGAAAAUUUCUGAAAUACCAACGAAGAACGAUCCAAUACAGAUUGGUCAAGCUGCAGAUUCAAUAGAGGUGAAACCCUCUACAUUCAGUUCUGAUAAUUCCAUUGCUCAUAAGGUGGUAACCAGUGAACAAGCCGCUAAGAUAACGGAUCUUUCAGCAUCAUUGGCUCAGUUCUUCGGAACUGCUGUUCAUAAUUCACAACCUUCAUCCAGCAUGACGCCUCCGUCUUUCCUGAACCCGAGCUCUAUGAGUUCCUUCAUGACUGCCGUAGCACCACCGCCAACUGAAGCGGAAGGUUCGCAAACCAAUCCAAGUCAAUCAACUUCGAAACCUGAUCAACAAAAACAUGUCAUCGAGAAUUUUAAACAGGUCAAUGAUUCUUCUUCCAAGGAAGCGAAAAAGAUAGAUAAAGGACAGCAAUCACAGUUACAGAAUGGUGAUGCAGAAGGGAGGAAGGAUAAAAUCAAGGAAGUAAAAGAGAUGAGAAUGUUUAAAUGUGCCCUGGUUGAGUUUGUGAAGGAUAUAUUGAAGCCUAAGUGGAAAGAAGGUCAACUCAGCAAAGAAGCCCACAAAAGCAUUGUGAAGAAGGUAGUUGACAAAGUCUGUGGAUCCAUGCAGGGUUCUAAUGUCCCUCAGACACAAGAAAAAAUUGAUCUUUAUCUUUUGAACUCUAAAGCGAAGCUUAGCAAGCUUGUACAGGCAUACGUGGAGAAAUUUGUCAAUAGCUGAGGCGGCUAGAUGAAAUAAAUGUCUUUGGAACAUCAGAAGAAAGCUCUCCACCCAGCCAUGCACAAAGAAGUUGGACCUAUUUGAUGGUCUUCACAAACCUUUGGGUCCCAGAUUUACUUCAUGGCUAUAACUAUUUCAUAUUUUUCAACACCCCAUAUUUUGUGUAACAUAAAUCAGCUUUUCCUUCUAUAUAAUCUCUUUUGCUAACAAAUUUAUCUGCAUCUUCUGCUAUCUUCUUUGAUGUUUCUAACCUCAUCUAUGUCUAUGUUAGCUUUAUUUACUACAUGGGAGCUUAUUAGCCUACGGCAGGUUUGUUUGUC